AACAAGAACACCAACCAAGUCAAAAGAUUAAUUUCAGAUUUUUAAAAAAAUGUUAAGAAUUCUCACUUUAGGACUUUUCAUGACGUCUUGCUUUUGCAACAUAACUGAAAAUAAUACGGAAAACCAUGCUGAAAACACCACAACAAAGAAACCAUGUUCACCAUUACUUGGACAUUGUAAUAAACCGGGACAAUGCUGUGAACCGCAUGUUUGUUUAACAUAUUUAGCAAAAUGUGUUACAGGAAAUUUAUCAGGAACAAAUAAUACAAUUAAUUCUAUAGAAACAGUUGAUGAGAUUAAAGAAACGUCAAUCCCUAUCAUAACAGAAAAUACAACUGGAAACGUACUACCAACAUCAUGUUCGAAAAUUGGAGAAUAUUGUUUAACCACUACAGAUUGUUGCAAACCAUUUCUGUGUUUAACUUAUGCAGCUAAAUGUGUUAAUCCAAAUUUAAAAGAAACUAAAAUUUGAAUAUUUUAUUUUAUUUUUUCUUCAAAUUGAUUCACACAUAAAUAGUAUACAUAAUAUUGUUGUUACUAUUUACAUUCAGAGGUACAUAUUUAUAUAUCAGUCAACUUUUUACAUUUAAAUUAAAAUUGUUUAUAUUGUAAUCAAUAUUAAUCCAUCAUUGUAAUCAUCAAAUCAGCAAAUUAUUUGAAGAACAAUAUUUUUUUUUAAAUAUAUGAAAGUAAAACCGUAGAAGAAUAAAUGUAUGUAUGUACAUUUCAUGAUCUAAUGUUAAAACCCCCUAUACAUAGCUUAGAAAUAUUCUCAAAU